AUGACUGCCCCAACCAAAGUCCAAUUCCCCUCCUUCCAGCUGACCAUCGCUGGCGAGCUCCAUGCGCCCGCUCCCGGCGCACCCGAUCGCAAAGGCAGCGCAGUGGUAAUCAGCCACCCAAUGACAGGAGUAAAGGAGCAAACCUCAACCGUGUACGCGCGCGCACUCUCGCAAGCCGGAUUCUACGCCCUAACCUUCGACGCCGGCUACCAGGGCGAGAGCAGCGGGGAACCACGCGGGCUAGAAGAUCCGCACCAGCGGGUUGAAGACAUCAAGAGCGCCGUGAGCUAUCUAUCGACGCUCUCUGCCCAGGUUGACCCGGCCCGCAUCGGCGUGCUGGGCAUUUGCGCCUCGGGCGGAUACACCAGCUACGCGAUGCAGUCGGACGUGCGCAUCAAGGCCCUGGCGACGAUCAGCGCAGCCUGUGUCGGGCGCAUGACGCGCACUGGCGGCGUACAGGAGCAGAAGCGCGAGGACGCCGCUGCCAUCUCUGGCGCGCUGGAGUAUGCGGCGCAGUGGCGGACGGGCGCGGCGAACGGCGCCCGCGCCGACGCGCCGCAGAUGUUUGAUGCGAUGAAUGUGCCUGCUGAUGCGGAUGAGUUCCUCAAGGAUGCGGCGGAGUAUUACGGCACCGAGCGCGGACGGCAUCCGCGGUCGACGCAGAAGGUGCCGCUUGCGAGCUACGAUCUCAUGGUGGCGUAUGACUCGUUCAAUUUCCAGCAUUUGAUCGCGCCGCGGCCGCUGCUGAUGAUUGCUGGGUCGCGGGCGCAGACGCUGCACUACAGUCGGACGGCGGUGCAGGCGGCCAAGGAGCCCAAGGAGCUGUUUGUUGUUGAGGGGAAGAACCACUUUGACCUUUAUGACGAUGUGACGGAGACUGGUCCGAAGCUGGUGGAGUUCUUUGGACGGUAUCUUGGCCAGCGCUAUGACUCCGCGCGGGGAAACUCACCAUCGCAGCCACGGGGCUGUGCCGGCGCUCAUGGACAAUACAUCUCACCCCUACAACGCCUUCAGGUCAACAUCCUCCCAAGAACCCUCGAAAUGAGCUCCACGAACAACCGCCGAAUCCGCCGACCACUCAAGGCCCCCGAGCGGCCGCUCGCCAUUCGAAACGAGUACAUCACCGACCGCAAGACCCUGCUUAUCGUCAAACCCCGCAGCGGCCAGGGCCUCGGAGCGGGGGCGUACAAGAUCCAAGACGAAAGCGGCAUCAACCAGUUUAUCGUGACGGGCCCACGAGACGAUGGAGCCUCGUCACACAGUCGACGAAACACCACAUAUCGCGAGUUCCACGAUGUGACGGGGCUCCCGCUGUUCACGCUGCCGUGCAAGGUCGGGUUCCAGAACGGCUGGGAGGUCAAGCUCCCCGGCACACGGUCGACGACGGUGGUGAAGGGCGGGCCGCGCUGGGCUGUCGGCGCUGCUGCGUUUCGGGACUGGACGGUCACGUUCCAGAAUGCGGCCGGUGCUGGGGGAAAGAUGCAGGCAGAGACGAGCGUCACGCUGCAUGUUGAGAGCCAUGGGAAUAUCUUGACGUGUUAUGAUAUUGUGGACGGGGACCGCAAGGUGGCUGAAGUGCGUGAGAGCAUUGCGCAUAACAGAAAGCUGGCGUUGAUGCCGGAAUCGAGGUACAAGUCGUCGUAUCAUCCGGUGCUGGAUAUUGUCGUCGUGCCGGGGGUGGAUCUAUCUCUGGUAUGGUUUACUUGUCGUGACAUCGAUUGCGGUUUUGCUAUCGGAUUGGGUUUUCGGGUCGAGACACGGCCAGCUCAGGGCUGCGAUGAGUUUUGUCUGAUGGGGAUCCUAGAUAUACGCACCAUGGUAGUUCUCUGGCCCGAAGCUGACACCUGA